CUGCAAUAUAUUUCUGAAUCGUUUGUGUGAAUUGCUCUUUAUUAUUAAAAUAUCCAAAAUUAGAACAAAGCCGAACACAAUUUUGAAACUGACGUCUUUAGCUAUGUCCUGUGAAAAUUUGAGAAAAAUUGGUCAAAACCCGCAGGAGCACAACUCGUUUGAAAAUCAGUAAUUACCGUAAAAUUUUUCGGGAGAAAAUUGAAUUUGAAUAUUACAUUUUCAAUGUUUUUCUUAUUGCAGCGAAAUGUAUUUUACUAAAUAACUCUGCGAGUUUUCAACAUUUUUCGUUCAAACUUCGUCAGAUAGUAGAACUAGUCUAAUGCUUUCAUUGAAACCAAUAAAAAAAAUUUUAGGCAAAAUUAACACUCAAAGGUGUUCUGUAACCUUAAGCUAAUCGGCUUUUCGACAACCAGCCCGAGGUCACAAAGAUGAAAGACACAUGCCUGACCACUAUGUCACUACUGUAACACUACAAUGUAUUUCCUUAAUAUUAUUAAGCAACGUCUGCAGGUGUUCCCACCAAAGGAAGGAAACAAAAGCAAGAGAAUUGUGGUGUUCGUCUGCAUGACUCCGGCUGCGCGAGAUGCGAGGGAUAUUAUGAGCUGAGCAUGAAGGAGAAAGCGAAAUAUCUUGAAGCGGCAAGACGACAAGUGAAUAUGUCCGAGGCUGUCGUUAACAAGAAACAUAAUGAAAAGGUAAGGGAGGGAGUGAGGGGCAAGGGGUGUGGUGGAGUAGGAAAGGAGGAAGAUGGGGCGAGAGGAGGGAGGAAGGGGAGGGAAGCAGGAGGGAGGGAAGAGGGGGAGGAAUGGAGCAAAAAAGGAGUGGAGGGAGGAAGGGAGGAGGAAAGAAGGAGAGAGGAAUUAAGUUGGAAGAAAUUGGGGGUGGGGGAGAGAGAGAGAGGAAAAAAGGAAGGGGGUGUAUCCGACCAGCCUGACUCUUACUCAACAUUCAGGAAGCAAACAAGGCGAAGCAGCAGUCACGUGAAAACAGAGCACUUCAAAGAAGAUUAGCAGCCUCGUUCCAGUUAGAAGAUUUUGGUGACAUCCUCAAGUUUAACCAACUCAAGGUUUGUAAUCUUCCUUUCAGUCCACUCAGCCGUCUGACUCAGCUCGUCAUAAAAAUGUAGCUUUGGUUUUAAUGUCGCAAUAGGUUAGUUUCACUCGAGAUGGUGGUCACGCCUGCAGUUAUCAGAAAAUAAUGAUAAUUCUUUUCCCUAUAUGUCGCAGUCUUGUGUGUGAUGGGAAAAAAUAAAAUGAAAUUGAGAGUUGUAGUUUAAUUGUUUCGCUCCUACCGUGGAUAAUAAAAUACAUGGAUAGGAAACUAGCUGACGUGACCUAAUGUUUUCAAUGAGAUGAUGGCGUUGAAACCUAGUUGCAAACCAAAUUCUCAAAAACGGCAUGUUUAGCGAUAAUACAGCUAAACAUUUUAGUCAAAGAGCAAAUAAAUAUAACUAGGCCAUUCUACGAUGAAAUCUCCAAGUAUUCCCGGUCAAUUUUAGCAAAUAUUUCAAGUACUAAACAGUGAAAAAUGCAUCGCAAAUUUCGUUAAAAUUGGCGACGCCAAUUUCGUAGCUACAAAUGUUAAAAAAUACAAAACAAAGACGAAAGACAUUUACCUUGAAUACUUUGUCGUGGCUUAGGCAUGUUUUUAAAACAAUUAGACCAGUUUAUGCUUCAAUAUUACUCUUUUAAAGCGGAAAAUAUAACAAAAAUGCUGAGAACUUUGGCAAUACACGUGACGUCACAGAUUGCAACUAGGUUUAGACUGUGACGUCAGGACGUUUCCUAUCCAGUUAUUUUACAAUCCAUACUCCUACCAGUGUCAACUGACGUUGACCACCAUCUGCUGCCGUGUCAACUAAUACCUUUUUUUUUGCUUUCCAAAGGUACGAAAGAAGAAGCUGACCUUCUGUAAAUCUCGUAUUCAUGACUGGGGAUUGUUUGCUCUGGAGCCCAUCGCCCGAGAUGAGAUGGUGAUCGAGUAUGUCGGUGAAGUCGUACGACAAGCAAUCGCCGACGAUCGUGAGAAACGUUACGAACGUCUUGGCAUCGGCAGCAGUUAUUUAUUCCGAGUCGAUUCCGACACGAUUAUCGACGCUACGAAAUAUGGGAAUCUCGCGCGCUUUAUUAAUCACUGUUGUGAUGUAAGUGUAUUUCGAAAAUAGUAUAUGACCGCAGUAGUAACACUGGAUCAAGAAAAGAUGAUUCUUACUGGACCUCUAGGAAGAACAGUUCAGAACUGAUAGAGCUAACCAGUAUAAAUAAAGUUAGUUUAGUUUAGGUUUCCUCCUGUAGUAACACUGGAUCAAUAAGAGAUGAUUCUUACUGGACCUUUAGGAAGAACAGUUCAGAACUGAUAGAGCUAUCCAGUAUAAAUAACGUUAGUUUAGUUUAGGUUUCCUCCUGUAGUAACACUGGAUCAAUAAGAGAUGAUCCUUACUGGACCUCUAGGAAGAACAGUUUAGAACUGAUAGAACUAUCCAGUAUAAAUAAAGUUAAUUUAGUUUAGGUUUCCUCCUGUAGUAACACUGGAUCAAUAAGAGAUGAUCCUUACUGGACCUCUAGGAAGAACAGUUUAGAACUGAUAGAGCUAUCCAGUAUAAAGGGAAAACGAACAUAUUUCUAAACGGUCAUUUCUUUUCUCAUUCAGCCAAACUGCUAUGCGAAAGUUGUGACAUUUGAAUCGGAGAAAAAAAUCGUAAUUUAUUCGAAACGCGACAUCGGGGUAAAUGAAGAAAUCACGUAUGACUACAAGUUUCCUAUAGAGGACGAGAAGAUCCCCUGUCUAUGUGGAGCAACCCAGUGCAGAGGCACAUUAAACUGAGGUACCGCACUCACUCGUAGUAUAGCCUCGGCACCGUCCGUCAGCGCUUCGUAAUUACCCGUAGAUUACGAGGCCUUGGAUAACACAGGCGUUUUCUCCUUAGACAGCCUGGUCGCAGGCUGGGACGUUGCAGGAAUUUAAUAGCCUCGGCAUAAGGUCAAUAACUGUAUAUUAAGCCCAUGUUUUUUCUACCAAGCAUAUUAUGGACCCGAGAUCUCGAUGUAAUUGUUUUAAGAAUUGAUGCACAAGCUGCAGUAUUCGUUAGGUAUGAAUCAAUGGUCUGAUAAACAAGUUAAUGAGAUCGAAGCACAAAAGAACCUAAUAAGAUUUAAGAGCAAUUAAACUUUAAAGUUUACAAGAAAAACCUUUAUUUCUUAUGAUUUGUAUAUAAUAACACGGCGAUUAACCCUCGUUUUAUAGAAAACACUAAUUUCGAAUUUUGUAUUGCCAAUCCCCAGAACUACAAAAUAAAUGUUUCAGUUACUAGAUUUCUAUAUCGAGAAAUACAUAGCUACUAGUGAUAUAUAGGUAAUAGGUAAUAGACAGGGCUGCCGGGAGGCAGGGACAGGGGGCUAUGUUGCCUCGGGCCCCAGCUCAAAAGGGCCCCACAAAGCGACCAAGGCCCUCAAAAUUUCUUGAUGCAAGAAUUGAUUAAUACAUGAAUCCUCAGUCCCGGAGCGUAACGUAAUUUAUUAUAUAGUAGAGAGUGAGAUACUGAAAAUUACACAGCGAGAUAUUUUCCAUAUCUUCACUAGUGAAGAUAUCGAUCACGUGACUUUUUCUGAUUUGCUUUUGAGCGUGAAAUUUCACAAUUUUUUGCUUGGGGCUAUAUAAUAAACAGGACAUUACACGGUGGCUUGAAGAUAUGACUUUUAUCUUCUCGUGUUAAAAACAAUAUUUUACUCACUCGCUGCGCCUCGUUCGUAAAGUACUGUUUACUAAACGAGCAGGAGUGUUUUAUUAGGUUUAAAGCCACGAGCGCGCAGCGCGAGUGGCUUUAGACCUAAUAAAACACGACCUGUGAGUUUAUUAAACGGCUUCAAACACGACUGCAUAUUCAAUAGAUAUACCGCCUUAUUAUUAUUCUUUAUAUAAAAAAUACUAAUGAGGACACGACAACAAUAGGUACUGCCUUAUUAGUAUUCUUUAUAUAAAGAAUACUAAUUAGGAGUGUUUUAUCAGGUUUAAAGCCACUGCACGUGACAUAUUAUGGUUGACAUGAUUUGCCAGUAAGCUUAUGAAUUAUUAAUGAGUGUUUGAAGUACUAUUUAAAAAACGAGCAGGAGUGUUUUAUUAGGUUUAAAGCCACGAGCGCGCAGCGCGAGUGGCUUUAGACCUAAUAAAACACGACCCGCGAGUUUUUUAAAUGACUUCAAAAACGUAUGCAUAAUAAGUCAAAUCUUUAUAUAAAAAUCUUUAUAUAAAAAUCUUUAUAUAAAAAUCUUUAUAUAGUUUGCAUAACAAUGGUCUUUUGUUAAAGUGUUCUUUAGCUGGUAUAAAGACGUAUGCACGUGACUAAUUUCUUACUCAAGAUUGGAUAAUUGCUUCAUGAAUUAUUGAGUUUUUGAAAUAUUGUUUUCACCACUCGAAGAUAAAAGUCGUAUCUUCGCGCCGCCGUGUAAUAUCCUCUAUAUAUUGUAAAACAUCGCUUCGCCCGUUUCACAAUUAUUACCUCAUAAGGCCCAUUUCCUCUCAAGAAAAUUUUCCACGGACAACAAAAUAUCAUUAGAAGUUGAAAAUUAUCAACUUCAGAAUUUUUUCCGGCGGAAAAUUUGUGUCGGCCAUGAAUCACAUUUUACAAAAUUUUCUUUCUGCGGAAUAUUUUCCUGAGUGAAAAUGGGCCCAUAGAGGAUCCCCUUGGAAAAUGUCAUGAUGUCUUAAGGUCCGUUUACACGCGGGCAAUUUUUGCAGCGAUUUUCUCCUUUUAGAGGAUCUGAAGGAGUAGAUUACUUAAUAGUGUUGUUAUGAGAUUUCAUAACCUGGAACAUUUAUAACUCAUUCACUCCUUCACAUCCUCCGAAAGGAGAAAUUCGCAGCAAAAAUCGCCCGUGUAAAUGGGCCUUUAGGGACCAUGGUUUCCCCCGCUACCUCUCGGCGGCUCUACUAAGAGGACGGCAAUAUUGACAUUAACAUUUGACAAAAACAAGUAUUUCCAGUUUGCACAUACUGUAGCUUAUUAUACUAAUCAUUGAAACAAGUUUAAAACAAAGUUUCUGCAAGCUUGCUGUAUAUAAUUCACGCUUGUGACAAAUGUCACAAUAACAGUUUAUGGUCAGGCGCUGACGUUGUAAUGUAUAAGGGUAUUUUUGAGUUGUCGCUCAUCUGUACGUUGUAAAAUAAUUAAUGUUCUCGUGGUGUCUUAUUUUCAUAGAACUCCAAACUAUUUUGUUCCACAGAAUAUUCGUAAUUUCCAAACUGAUAUAUUCUUCUAAAUAUGUCUUUUGCUGAUAUAUAAAAUUUAUUUAUUUAUAAUAUGGUGUGUGCAGUUUUGGCGUCGCGUGUUGUCGCGUGGAAAGCAUAGCGAACGAAAGAAUUUUUUUAUAAUUCUUCAUUUAAAAUAGAGAUGGAUGUCUGCACGAAGUUGG